AUGCCUAUUAAGCUGUGUGAUGGAAUUGACGUGAUAGAUCGUGGUCUUGUCUUCGAUCGAGAUUCUCAAAAUUAUAACUUCACAGGAAGUUCAACCAAUAUGCAUUGUCCUAAUCAAAACUGUGAUAAUGAUGAUAAAAAAAUUAGUUCUGCUUUUAUAGCAUUUCUAGCUUUCUUUAAUGUUAUUGGUGUUGAUGAGAAUUUAGAUAGUGAUAAAAUUGCUGAAUACGCUAUUUUAUGGUUAGGUCACAAACUGAAUCAAAAAACAGAAAAUGGAACCACCACAUUAAACGAGUUUUAUACCAAACAUAUAAAAACAAAUAGUCAUUAUGAUCAGAAAACAAUUGGUAAUACUAAUAGUAAGAUUAAUAUAAGUGUUAUAGAAAAUAAAAUAGAAUCGAUGAAUAUCGAUAUUAAAGAUAUAUAUAAUUUUUAUGAAGUAUUUAAAUUAUUAUGUAAGAUGGAUAGUGAAAUUGUUACAAAAAAAAACCAAUGCAAUACAUGUUUAAAAAAUGCUGGAGAAUUUUAUGAAAAAUAUGAAAAACUUAAAAAUACUUUAGAUAUUAAUAAAGGAAGUUCUUAUUUUCAACUAUGGUUAAGUUUAUCAAAAGAUUAUGACAAAUUUAAAGAGAAAUAUAAAACAGUAUGUAGUAAUACAGAAUCCCUUGAAACUUGUUUACGAAGUUCAGUGACAAAAAGUCCAGUGAAAGAAUGUCCAGUGAAAGAAAGCCCAAUGAAAGAAUGUCCAGUGACAAAAAGUAUACUAAUUCCAAUUGCAAUUAUAUUUGUUGUAGCAUCAUUUUUUUUUGGAAUUUCUUAUAAGUAUUCGUUAUUUGGGUUUCGGAAACGAUCUCAAAAACAGCAUUUAAGAGAAAAGCUAAAAAAAUAA